AUGGACCACCACUGGGAGACAACAUGGCACCUGGACAGCGCCCAAACCGCUUGGUCCCCGUUGGAAUGUCCACCAGAGCUGUUGCCCGUAGAGUUUUUCUCUACCCUGAGCUGUCUACAAAGGCAUUUCAGAGAAUCUGGCAGUACAUCCAACCAGCCUCACAACCGCAGACCACGUGAUGCCAACCCAGGACCUCCUCAUCUAGCAUCUUCACCUCCAAGAUCCUCUUCACACAGUCAGUUACGGCCCCUGCUGGCCCGCUUUGGCACCAAGGUUUUUGUCGGUCCAAAAAACCUUGGGGCCAACAUUCCACAGGCCGCAAUCAACAACCUGAUCAACUUUAUGCCAAGGAGAUUUGUUGCACUGUGGGAGGAUCUCUGUGGAGAUGUGCACGGCCGCUGCUCCAGGUCUGUGGGGAUGGCUCUGAUUCCUAUAGCCAUCGUCUGCAUGCUGGCAAAUGCACUGCUGCUGUUUCCUGAUAUGAAGUACCAGUACCUGACAGAGAAUCAUGUGACCAGAGAGGCCACGUGGAGCACUGGGAUCUGGGCAUCAGGGCUUCUGGUGAGCUUGCCUCUUCUUUUGUUUGCUUUGUGCUUGUGGCGCGGGCUUUACAACACACUACGAAAGAAAGGAUGCUGUUAUUUUACCGCCGAGGUUUUGCGCAAGCUGGGCUACACGUGUUUGGCAGUUCUGGCAGCCGGCUUGUGUUUCGUGGUGAGCGGGACGGGGCUGGCCCUGGGGCCCCUCUGUUUGCACAACAGCACUGAGGGCCCCAAGUGGGGACGGCCAUUGAAACAAGUCAGAACUGGUGAGCAGCUUUACCUGUAUGCUCCGGAGCGGUGGUCGUCUGCCUGCGUGGAGCCUCGAGGGGUUGUGGUCUGGAACGUGACUCUUUUCUCCGUCCUCAUGGCAGCGAGCGGCCUUCAGCUCAUUUUCUGCGCUCUUCACCUCCUCGCCGCCGUAUUGGAGUUCAUGUGCGGACCCGGCUUUGGCAAGAAUAAGGUUGUUCCUGCUUGAAAUUACUAGAGGUUGUAAUGUCUUCAUCUCCAUGUGAGAAUGAAAAGACAUUUUUGGGGUUAAACAGUCAGCUACGACUGCUUAAUUUUAUUUUUUUUAAUGAAGAGGGAGACAGAGAGAAAUAGAAAGGGAAGUGGAAGGGGG